AUGUCGCACAGUGAUCCUGAGAGCUACGAGCCCCGCAACUACCAGAAGCAUUGCGUGCGCAAUCGGAAGCAUGGAAAGCGAACACUUGUUGAAGGCACUUUCAUUACCAAAACCUUUUACGAUCCAUCGAACUCUCUCAGCAAGAGCAGUAGGAGGAGGAUGCUUCAUGAUCAAUUGGACGACCUGUGCCCUGACGUACCGUACUCGUUGAAUAAGCGAGAGAGAUGGAAGCUCAGUAUCAGAAGUUUUCUUGGUAAUAGGCAACCCAACUCAAGCCAAACUUUAGAGACCUUGCUGGUGAGCAGAAGCGAUGUUCCUUCAGAUGAAUCCGAAGGCAAUGAGAAAAUUUGUAAAAUAGAAUUACUUCAGAACGACGAUGUAGCAGUGCUGUCAAGCGGAGGAAAAACGAUGCCAAUGAGAUACUACAGCAAUCAGAUCAGAACACUGCGACGCAUGGAUAAGAAAGAAGUCGAGCCCUCUAGAGUUCUUUAUAACAUUACCAUCCCUUCUUCUUCAAAGACAAAAUCGAAAAAGGUGUUCAGAAAAUCACAUCGGCGUCAUGUGGCUGCUGCUGAAUUUGAUUGCUUUGACGAGAGCGAAGACUACAGUGACGAUUCACCAGAGAUAUCGGAUUGCGAACUCUAUAAACCGUUACGCGAAAUCACUCUUGCCGAUUAUCUCAGUCCAAAAGAACACCAGCAGAACAGGGAUCUGCAUGACAAGUCUCAAAUCAAAAGUGCAAGCAAUUGUCGUGGAGAUGGCAUUGGAAAGCAACUGACGAAUCCUCCCUCUUCACCAGACAAGAGCGUGGAUGCUUCGCUUCUCGAGGUCGCCGGCACUCCUCAUAUUUUCGACGUGCUUGAAAUCUUCACUGAACAGCAGAUUGAUCUGCGAGAGGUUCUCAACUCUAUCCCACAAUGGCUUAUAGUUAAGAGUUUUGGCCCACAACAUUUAUUUGUUAGUAGUCCGGCCGUAUCAAAACCCGUAUUUGUCCUAUUUUUCGAAGUUGAAGAAGAGCGCAAGAUUUUUAGGAUUCGUAUUAGCACAGACUCGAGUUACUCGCAUGCAGCAAGCAGGAAUCGUCUCCUGAACACUAUUUUUAAAAGAAAAAUAAACAUUCCGUUGUUGUUCAGCAACAUACAUGUCUUCAUUCUACAGACAGAAGUGGCGAAGCCCGUAGAACCACGAUUCGGCAGUCGGUUCAAUUUGUAUCCGGAGAAUUUUGAGAGCGAAGUAAACUCUGGGAUGAUUUCACCUAAGAAAUCUUUCACUUCCGCAAAUCCACGGCUCAAAAUUGAGAAAUGCCCUCACUGCUCAGUUACUCUCACAAUACCUCCAGUAUGUGAAUAUAACAGCUGCUCAUGCUCCAACUGUGGAUGCGUUUUCUGUUACCUUUGUAAAUGGGAACCUCACUGGCCAAUGGACUGCGAACAGUUCAAACAAUGGAGCGCUAAAUGGGACACACACUAUUUGUUUGAGAGCAACAAUGUCUUCGAGGGCAAACAAGUGCGAAUAUGCUGCGAAUGCGGGAGAGCCUUUCAUGUUGACAAGAACUUUUCGGGACCGAUUCGUUGCCCCGCCCCUGAUUGCUGGUGGUCGUAUGAUGAGAAUGGUGUACACCAUCACUAUCAUAAAUAUGUUCCUGCUUCUACACCAAAGGUCGUGGCGCAUCUUGCCGCUUUAGGCGAGGUUAUCAAGCCAUGCCCUGAAUGUGGGAGACGACUCGAGCCGAGUACUGUUAAGGCCAGAUCUAUCAUUGAUAAGAAUUUUUCUAGUUUAUGCUCAAAAGCAAGAAAGCAACGAUUUAUAACGCACAAGCGGGGAGAUUUUGAAAAAUUCAUCUCUGAAAUCCUUCCAACGAAGAAAGAGCAACUUGCAGCAAUUGACCUCAGAAAGACGGCCCUUUUCUUGGUAGGAAAUUGCACAGCAUUGCUUUACAUCACUAAGCCUGAUAACUGUUACGCUUUGAGAAAAGAAGUUGCAAAUCUUCUGCGGAAGCUAUUACUCAUCCAGAGUCGCACUUCUGCCAUAACCAAGGGAGAAUUUAUCACGGAGAUGAACAAGCUCAGAGAAUCCACUGGUAGCCUGAUUGAGUUGUUUCGCAAGUAUAUAAAGGUAGAGUAG